UAAUCAUUAAUUGUGACUUUAAUCACGCUUUGAUCAUAGAGAUUAUAAAUAACACGUGUUAUUUAUAAGCUCUACGACUUUAAUUCUGUAUUAUGUAUAUGUAAAUUUUGUAACACUGGUCACGUAGGAUGAGGGUACUUGAUACUUCAUGAGAAGCAGGCAAGCAGCACAAUAGCUGUGUGGUUCAAUGGGCCAUAUUGGAUUCAGUGAUUGGGUUUCACUCGGCAGACCACUGAGCUAUAUAUGAUUUUAAUUUUGCAACAUUGAUUUGCAACACUUCCUGGAAGUGAAGUAGUAAUCUACUGAAAAUAACAGGCAACUCUGCAUCUUGCAAUACCAGAGGAACCAUCCAUAUUAUUUCUAAAAAUCUGUAACAAUAAUACACAAAAACUGUCAAUAUUUGUAACAUUUUAUAAGUAUCAAAUAUGAUGGUGGACAAUCUGGCAGAAUUUCUAAUUGGUUCAACAGCUGCUUGUGGAGCAUGUGUUUUCACAAACCCUUUGGAAGUUGUUAAAACUAGGAUGCAGCUUCAAGGUGAACUUCAAGCCAGAGGGACAUAUGCAAGACAUUAUCGAAAUGUUUUUCAUGCAUUUUAUACCAUAGCUCGAGUAGAUGGUAUUACAGCGUUGCAAAAAGGUUUGGUUCCUGGUCUUGUGUAUCAAGCUGUAAUGAAUGGAGUACGUCUUGGUUCAUACCAACAUGUUGUUAACUCGUCACUGGUUCGAGAUCAUGAAGGCAGACUUGUCGCAUGGAAGUGUGUUAUAGCUGGUGGUGUUUCUGGCUGUCUUGGUGCUUUUAUAGCAAGUCCCUCAUACAUGUUUAAAACACAAUUGCAAUCAAAAGCGGAAGAUAGCAUUGCUGUUGGAACACAACAUGACAUAACAAAAUUUACUGGAGCUGUCAAGAAAGUGUACAAAGAAUUUGGAAUUGUAGGUCUUUGGCGUGGUGCAAGUGGUGCUGUAUUACGAGUCAGUGUUGGUUCUGCUGCCCAAUUGUCAACAUUCUCAAUGACAAAAGAUUUUAUUGAGCAAAGAAAACUCUUUAAGAAAGACAGUUUUUUUCUUGGAGUUGUUUCAAGUUUCUGUAGCAGUUUUGUUGUUUGUGCUGCCAUGACACCUUUCGAUGUUGUAAGCACAAGAUUAUACAAUCAAGGAAUAGAUAAAACUGGUCAUGGCUUACUUUACACUGGACCAGUGGACUGCAUUGCAAAAAUACUUAAACAGGAAGGAAUUUUAGGUUUUUACAAGGGAAUUGGUGCCCAGUAUUUCAGACUAGGACCACAUACAAUAUUAUGUCUUGUUUUCUGUCAUGAACUGAGAAAGCUUUACUAUAGGUUUAAAAAGGAAGAGAUUUGACUGUGUAAUGAUGAUUUCUCAAUUAAUGUGGUAUAGAGACCACCAAAAAUAAGAUAUUGAACUUUUCUAAAUUCUAAUAGUCACAAUAGCUAUAAUUCAACUUUAUAUUAUAAAAAAAUGAACAAGUAU